AUGGUGGCGAAUGUUCCCAGCAGUUCUCACAGUCACUUGUUCUCCUUUAAUGAUAAAAACUGUUGUCUGACAAUUUUGGUGGAUACUGGUGCUGAAGUCAGUGUAAUCCCUCGUACUAAGUGUGAUCGACAUCGUCGUUCAUUAAACUUCACACUUCAAACUCCCAAUGGUACUCAAAUUCACAUAAAUGGUCAAGGCUCCCUCACUCUCAAUCUGCGUCUUCGUAGACCUUAUCAUUCGAUCUUCACUAUUGCUGAUGUGAAAGAGCCUAUCUGGGGGUAUCUUGAAUUAACUCAACCAUGGAAAGGUAAUACUCCCGUCAAGUACAACAUUGUUUAUCAUAUUCAGACGUCAGGACCACCUUCAAUUACUUACAUAUGGUCACAAAGAAGACUAGUGGUGAUUGGUGACCAUGCAGGGACUAUAGGGCGCUCAAUAAGAUCACCGUAUCUGACCGACACAUUCAGAAAUUCGCAUCCACUUUGCAUUCACUCUGAGCUCGAUCUUGUUUGUGCGUACCAUCAAAUAAUUGCUACAGAGAAUGUCCAUAAAACAGCAGUGAGCAUGUCUAUUCUAAUUCACUCGUCUGCCCAUUGGUCUAAGAAAUGCACCUUUGCCUACGUAUACAUUGAUGACGUGUUGGUAGCUAGUUUUGAUGAGUAUAGAGUCUUCAUUAACCCAGACAAAUGUGAGUUUGGUCAAUCCUCAUUACACUCUCUUGGUCAUAUAGUCAAUGAGAAUGGUAUCCGACCAUUAGAGUCUAAAGUAUCUGCUGUUACUGAUUUCCCUUUACCUCAAUCUCAGUGUCAAGUCAGACAGUCGUUAGGUCUCAUAAAUUUUUAUUAUCGCUUCAUGCCUCACAGUUCUCAAACUCUUGAACUUUUGUACUCGUUACUCUUUUCAACUCCUGCUCAUUCUCCUUUUUCCUGGACUGAUGAUUUAGUCAAUGUAUUUCAUAAAGCGAAAAGUGCACUAGCUAAAGCCACUCUACUGUAG